AUGGUUGCGCCACUACCCUCAUCUGCUGGUAAUCGGUUUCGUCAAAGGAAGAUCUCUACAAAGCAGACAUUACAGAUCUUUAAACAGUCCCAGAUAUCGGAUAUUGAUAAUGAAGACCUACAGCAACGUGACUUGCAAGAAAUAGAGACCGGGGUUGAUAAAAAUGAAGAAGAAGAAGUGCAUUUACAAAAGAUUUUAAAGAACACUGGUAUAAGUUCCACAGCUCAAACUUAUAUUCCAACUCCAGAUGCUUCAAAAGUUUGGACUGAAGCCAGUAAAUAUUACAAAGGUCGCUUUCACGAACCAGAGUCAUACAUCAAGUCUUCAUGUCAGACUGAAGAUUAUUCAGGAUGCUUGUAUAAUAUGGAUGAAGUUGAUGAAGAAUGGUUAACCAAAUAUAAUCAAGAGCUAAAGAAGAAAGAAGUUGCACCUUUAACUGAAGAUGAAUUUGAACAUAUAUUUUAUAAUUAUGAAAAAGUGAUAUCUGAUAAACAACCAUUUUUGGUAACAGAUCCUACACAAGUUUUACCAUUGGAGGAAAUCAGACUUUAUAUAUUGAAAUUUGAUAAGUCAUCAGUGGAAAAUAUAAGGAAAUCUUUAUCAAGUGAAUUGCAAGUACAUCCUUUUGUUACAAAUUUUGAUGCUAAAUGUCCCACUAAACCAAGAACCAUUGAACAACUUUUAGAGAAGUAUGGUGAAGCUGUUUAUGAACAUUUCAAGUCAAGAAAAAUAGAAAGAGGUGGUAAAACUGUCACUCCAAUAUUGAAAUUUACUGGUGAAGAUGAUUCAGAUGCUUAUAUUUGUUUCAGGCAAAGACAAUUCAGACAACAAAGAAAAACAAGAAGAGCUGAUACUCAAAGUUCUGAGAAAUUAAUUAAACUUUAUCAAGAAUUGAAAAACACAAGAGAAUUAGUGUUUUUGGUUGCUCAAAGAGAAUUGAAAAGAUUAGAAGCAUUACAAAAUGAGCGUGAAAUUUUCGAACUCAGAUGUAAGGUUAAGAAUUAUAAAAGAGAUUUGGGUAUUACUGAUAGUGAUGAAGAUCUUAUUGCUCAUAAAAAGAGAAAACCAGCUCCUCCUCCACCUGAAGUUGUUACAGAGGAAGUUACAAAGAAGGAUAAGAAAGGUCUUUCUAAAGUUGGAAACAAUGCCAAUACUCAAGACAAGUCAAAAGUUACGCAAACUGCUACAGAUCUGGCUGGUACAGAUUCAAGUCAACAACAAUUUCAACCUUAUGUCAAAUUACCACCUUCUAAGAUUCCAGAUAUGGAAUUAGAAACUGUUCAACAUUUACUCAAAUCUAAAGAUGUUAGUAUGCAAAGAUAUGUUGAAGAAAAAUUAAGAAAACGUAAACAAGCUGAUUUUGGAUUUACAAAUUUUACUGAUGAUGCUUAUAAUCCAUUCUUUGAUUUAAGUGUUUCCAAUAAAAAUAUUAUUGAUUCAUCACAUACACCAUAUUCAUCAAUAACGUCAUCAUUUUUUGAUGUUCAAACAUUAGGUUAUAUCCCAGAUAUUGAAAAAUACAUUGAAACUGGUAAAAACUUGGAUGAUAAAGAUGCAUUGGAAUUUAAAUUACAUCAAACAACUGGUAAAAAUAGAUUCAAAAAACCUACUACACAAACAAAGUUUAUUCCUGAACGUUAUAAUCCAUUACUUUCAACAUCUGUUAAUACUAGUGAACCAAUCUUUACAUUAAGAAAAAGAGUUGGUAGAUAUGGUCAAGUUUAUAUUGAUAGAAAACCAAUGAUUAAGAAACCAUUUGAAGAUGAAGAUGAAGUCAUGAUCGAUCCUGAAGAUUAUGAAGCUAUAGAUGCAAAAGAAAGACAUGAAGACCGUUGGAAAUAUGAUUCUGAUUUAAGUAUCAUGGAUAUGAAUGAUAACGAACCAUUUAGUGAUGAUCCUUCAAAAUUAAAUUCAAUAUCAAAUGAUACACAAGUUAUUAGAUUUGGUGGUAUGUUACUUUCAAAAGCUUACGAAACAUUGAAAGAAUCAAUUCUGCAACAAAGACAACAACUGUUCUAUCAACAAUAUCAACGUCUGCAAGCUCAACAACAAAAGGCACAACAACUUCAACAAGCACAACAAGCUCAAGGUGUAUCUUCAAGACAAGGUACUCCAGGCAGUGUGAAUAAACAAACACCUCAAGCACAGUUACAACAACAACAAGGUCGUUCUAAUUCAGUUAAUCAAAGUCAACAAUUACAGCGAGCUCAAUCACAACAAUCACCAACACCAACACCUGGAUCAGUCAAUUCUACAACCACUUCCACUAACAACAAGAAACCAUUCAACACUAAUACCCUUGUAAAGACUGAGAACUGA